GACACACUCCUAUUUCAGCUUCGACCCUUCUUGUUGGGUUUAUUAUCUUGAGUACGUUCCAGAUCACCGGGCGAACGUGCAACAUAAUCGGCCGCAAGCAGAAGACACGACACUACCGCAGGUUUAAGCCGUACAAUAUCUAUACUCGACCUCGAACAACCUGGUGUUGCUCUCGCUCCCUUGAGACACCGCCAACUCUUCUUACGCUACAUCGCUAAAAGCAUACGACCCAACACAGCCCAACCAAACAAAACAAAUAAAUAUGUCCGCUGCUACAAAGAAGCCUCCGGCGGGUGGUGUUGGCCGAGUUUCUCAUACCGAAUCUAAUUCUUCAACAAGUCCUUCUCCCUCACGUUCCAACUCUCGAUCUACUACUCCUACCAGCAAUGGCCAUACCCGCACUCGAUCGCUACGAACAACUGCGCCUGUGUCGGCCCGUGCUGCUAUUGCCAGAAGGGAUACUCUGAGUGCUGCUGAAUCAGACGCUCGAGCCGAAGCUGCUGCUGCCGUUGAAGAUCUUCAGAAGCGCCUAGAGAAUGAAGAGAAGUCUUCCCUUCAAUACAAGCGCCAGGUCGAGGUUCUCCAGUCCAAACUCGAUGAGGCGGUCAAGGAGUCGGCAAAGUUGGAGGAGAAAGCACAUGAAUACGAAGAGCAGAUUGAGACUCUGAGUAACGAGAAGAGGGAGAUGACUCGUCAGAUGCGUGAGAUGGAGUCCAUUUACGAAGCGGAACGCAGUUCGAUUCUUAAAGAGAAGGAAGAAAUGGCCAGCCGAGAAGAGGAGAUGCAGGCCAUGAUCCAGCGGCUCAAGGACAGCCUUGCCCAGCGAAACAACACGGCGGAAGAGAGUCGCCCUUCGAGACAACAUUCUGCCGGUUCAUCGCCAUCGCUCGAAAACGGCAGCUUCGCACCUCCAUCCUCUAUACAGCGCAGCGACUCGCGGAAUAGCUCAAAACUCAUUCUUCAGAAAGACAAGCUCAUUGAGUCUCUACGACUGGAACUCGCUGAGGCUCAGAUUAAGCUGGUCGAGUCAGAGAACCAGGGUGGCGGUCGCCUACACGAGGUAGAACGACUUCUCAUGGAGGCUCGUAUGGCGAACGCUCGACUUAUGGAGGACAACGAGAGCUACCAGCUGCUUCUACAGGAGCGUACACUCAAGGGUGACUUUGGACAGAACGACUUCAGCUACAUGGGCAGCAACUCCAACCAGGACGCCCUGGCUGCACUCGAGGGCAAGGCGGCUGGUUCUAGUCUUGCUGAUGAGUUGUCUGAAGCUACUGAGGGAGAAUCUGUCUCCGAUGGUGACCGCCGUCUUGAGGCCGAGCUGAAGUCCAUGAAGGAGCAGAACAAGGCGCUCACACUAUAUAUUAACAAGAUUAUUGAGCGCCUUCUUCAACAUCAGGACUUCGAGUCCAUCCUCGACCAGUCGAGCGAUUUGAAAAGCCUCCCAGAUACCAACAAGGAGCUUCCUCCAGCCCCUGCCGACAAGCAACAGCCUGGGGCAACAAUCCUCCAGCGAGCCAAAUCCAUGGCGGUCGGGCCUACCAAACCGAGGCCUAGGCCAAUCUCCGUCAUGCAACCCUCCACCAGCUCAAACCACACCGACCCUGACAAGGCACCUAGUAUACCGAUCGGGUUAUCACGUUCAACCAGUACAAGACGGAGUCCACGGCCUCAGAGCGACCAAUAUACUGGGGCUGCCAGCCUGGUCAGCCAGAUGUAUCGGGGGCCAGACGGCCCCGUCUCUCCACCACUUGGGACUCCACGGCAUUCCCAAACCUUCUUCUCCCCGCCGAACAACUCGGGCAACCCUAACGCGGCCGCCCGGGUGCCUAGCGGAGCCUCGGUGGCCACCUCCGGCAACUUUCCUGGGAUGCGGAGUGAGACGUCCAGCUUGAGCGGAGAGUCUGGAGAGUUAUCCAUGUCGACGCCGCCCUCGCAAUCACCACCCCGAUCCCAUAAUGAUAGGCACACAACGUCGUUCGCGGGAGGCAAGCCGAGGCCGCUUCGACUGGUCCAGGAGAACCAGGAGGCUGUCAAGGACAAUAAGCGAUCCAGCUGGUACUCGCCAUUCACCUGGGGGGCCAAGAAGGAGGAGCAGCAGGUACCGUCCGGCAACCCAAUUCCCGAGUAGAGCGGGAUAGGGCUGUAGGAAGGGCCUGAGACUGGAGAGAAGAUGCUACGCAGUGACACAGAA